AUGCAUAUUCAACUACUUUUCUCAACUGGGAUAUACAACAACUGCUACUCGCUAUCUCUCUCUUUCUCUGCCUCUCUCUCUCUAUCGGUGGCCACUUUGGACCUCAACCGACCUCACAAGAUAGAUUGCAACCCUACCACUCUAUCUCUAUCUGAAUCGGCAACUGCAACUGCAUCUGCAUCUGCAUCUGCAUCGGCAACCAUACCUAUAGCCAUAGCCAUACUAAUAUACAUAUACAUAUGUAUAUGUAUAUGUAUAUUAGUAUAUAUAUAUAUAUAUAGGUUUUUGCUAUGUUUCCCAAGCUUGCUCUUCUUAUUCCCCAUUCUUCAUCUGCCUUCCACCCCCCCCCUCCUCCCAUUGCAGGACUGGCGGUCAAAUAAUUCAUUCACAUCGAUUACUUACCUAUACUCGUCUUCUCUCCUCCAUUGCCGGUUCUGGUUCGCUUUAGUUUGGUUUGGUUUAAUUCACUUUAAACUCUUGUUCUUAUCCUUGCUGGCAACAAGCAUUCAUAUACUUCGCAUCAUUAUAUCCUUCCAAUUCCAUCCCAAUUUGAAUUCGAAAUUAAAAAGUCAAGGCCACAACGCACACACACAGUUAGGAUAUCCAUCAUAA